AUGGAACAGCUAGUCGUCACAUUACUUCUGGUGUCUGCUGUGCGCUCCCAGGAUGAUGAAGGACGGAUCAUUGGAGGCUAUCCCUGCAAUCCUCAUUCUCAGCCUUGGCAAGCAUAUGUGACCGGCCAGUACGUUUGUGGAGGAACGCUGAUUGACCCAAACUGGGUCGUGACCGCUGCACACUGCCGUAGCAGCAACAUGAAUGUCCGGCUGGGAGAACACAACCUCCGUUACUGGGAAGGUGCAGAGCAGAUCCGGGACGUGGUCCGUGCCAUUCAGCAUCCUCAGUACAACCCCCGCACUUUUGACAAUGACAUCAUGCUGCUUAAACUGGACAGGCCUGUCCCUGUGAACCAGAACAUGAGGCCCCUGAGAUUACCUUUCCGCUGCAGCGACGCUGGAACUCGAUGCCUUGUAUCUGGAUGGGGCACCAUCAGCUCUCCCCAGGCAUCUUUCCCAAACGUCCUGCAGUGCGCAAACGUCCGGCUCAUCAACCGGCGGAGUUGUGAAGCCUCGUAUCCCAGACUCCUCACAAACAACAUGAUUUGCGCUGGCAUACAAGAAGGGGGUGUGGAUUCCUGCCAGGGUGACUCUGGGGGACCCCUCGUGUGCAACAGGCAGUUGGAAGGGAUUGUCUCCUGGGGCAUGGAGACGUGCGCACAGUCCAACCAUCCAGGGGUUUACACCAGAGUGUGCAAUUAUGUGAACUGGCUCCGGCAAGUCAUGAGGAGGAAUUAA